AUGGAGUCUUACGAAGGAUUUCUUGCCAAAGUCCAAUUGCAUGUGUGGUCCAAAAUGGUGUCACCAGAGAUCUAUAUAUCUUACUAUAAAAAAUAUUUAUUUGAUCAUUUUAAAUUUGAUGUAGGUGCGGAGGCAGUAUUUGAAUCUGCUGAUGAAGAUGAAUGGGAUGUGUAUUUAGACAAUGAUUUUUCAGAUCUCAAGAAAUUGUUAGAAGAAACAAAUUUAGACAAGGAAACGUGCGAAAAAAUAUUAAUUCAAGUAAAAUUACUUAUCGUCAAAAAUAGAAAUUCGCUUCAUAAUGCACUAUAUAGUAAAAAGAUAGUUCAAAAAGAAUUAGAAAAGCUGAGAAUUGCAAGAAGAAUAAAAAUCAACAAGAUUCAGAAAGACAAAAAAAAUCUACACCAAGAAAUGGAGAAGAUAAAAAAUGAAUUCAAGGAACGCCUUUCGGAAAUGAAAGAUACCAAAGACACAAUCGAUUGGGAACAUCAAAAUAAAGAAAUCGAAAAGUCAAACAACAGUAAUCCUGAUUAUUUGCAUCUACUGAGUCAAAAUGAAUAUCUGCAGAAGCAAGUUUUCUCCCUUCAGAGAGAAAUUGAUAAAAUGAAAGAUUAUUUAACAGAAUCAUCAGUAACUACUCCGGAGGAAAACGAAAAUAAAGCUGUUGGAGACGUUUCUUCAUCACUAACAACAACAGCAUCAUCGCCAACACCGACAACAACUACAACUACAACAAUCUCAACAGAGAGCACAGAGAAAAGCUCUACCGAAGCAUCUAUAAAAUAAAAGAAAAACCGUGUAGAUAUGACAUUAUUUUUGGCCAAGUUUGAUACCGUAUUGGUAAGAAAGAACAAAUAUUUCUUCUUUCCACAAUCGGUAAAUGUUUAUUUGUUCGAUUGCAAUCAUUUGCAGAUAUUUCAUCAGCCGAGUUUAUCUGUAUUGCUUCAAACAAGUGCAGCCUUACAAAAUGAACAUCUGUUGAGUCUCAGAUAAUUUUAUUGUUAGUUUGGACAUGUGACUAUUCUUCUGCAAUUUGGGAUUGUUCUUCCCUUCAAAAUAUAUAUAUAUAUAUCUACAUAUAUAUAUAUAUAUAAAUGUAGACUUAAGAUAUCGUUAUUCAAUUGAAAGAAUACAAAAUAAUAAUAAAAAAUGUAUCUUCUUCCUGUGAAGCUUGUUAUUUGACAAGUAGUUGAUUGAUUGACUAUGGUGCUCAUAAACAAUUGGUCUGAUUUUCUAUGUUUUCAAUUGCAUUUGUACAAAAAUUCAUAAGAGUUCUCAUUCAAUUUCCCAUAUAUAUAUAAAAAAAAUUUUUUUUUUCAUAGUGUUAUCAACAUAUUAUUGAAAUUGGAUUGAAGAUAAAACUAUGUGUACAUUAACAUACCUUAAUAAUUAUUAUAUUAAAUGCCAGUAUCUAUGGAUAAAAAUAGAUUAAACAUCCUCCUUUUUAUGUUUGUUAAGCUCAGUGUAAUGUCUUUUGUCAAUCAAUUCAUAUUUUCAUGUACUGUAUUAUAGUUUUUUUUUUUUUUUGUAUGAUGUUCAAAGAGUUGUAUAGGUACAUAUUAAUUAGGUUAAUUGUUCAUAUUUACUUCAGCGUUUGACGGAUAAUUUCGUGUCAGUUUGUCCAAAGAUGGAUGAUGGAUUUCAUUUUUUAUGCCGUAGGAUUUUAAUGUAGAACUUAUUAUUUUCUCUGCCAAAAAAAAAAAAAAAUAAGGAAAAAUAUCAAUAUAACGUCUCUUUUUUCUGUAUAUGUAGGAACAGAUCUACUUAAGAACUACUUUUGUGCCAGUGCAAUGUCACUUGUAAUUACAGUCAUAGCACAGAAAACACUGCCAGACCAGUCUCCUGUAAUUCGUCUUUAAAAUAUCAAUCGUCAUUUAAGUCUCGAUGAUAUGUUUUAUAUCGUUUUAUGUAUACUCGUAUCAUUUGUAUUAUUCCAUUUUAUGUAAAAGACAGAAAUAUAGAAGUCUUGAAAAUAUGUUGUUUAGAUAGUAACGUAAGUACAAAUCUUUUAAACUGCCUAUUCGCUAACAUUGCCUAUAUUAGUUAAUUUGUUGAUUAUCUAGAUAGGCAGUUCUUAGUUUUUAAACAUUAAAAAGAUAUUUUAAAUACUAUGCAAUGAUUUUUUUUUGUUUUUUUAGUUUAAUACCUCAUAUUGGUCUUUAUACAAUUUAAUUAAAUUUAUAAUUUUUUUAAGAUAUUCACCUCAUCCAGCUGAUUUAUUAUAAUUAUAUUUUUAGUUUAUGCCAUGUCAGAAGGUACUUAGAUCCCUUUAAUAUUCACUUGACAUCAAAACAACUGUAUUUUAUGUCAUGAUAAUCAAACAAUCUUUAAAAGUUAAUAAAUAAAUAAAAAAAACACACAAAGAAAUUGUGGGAAAAUACAUCAGAAUUUAAGGACAUUUGGAAAGAGUAUUUACUUUUAUCUUAAUAUUUUAAAAAAGAAACACUAAAAAUUAACAUAAAGAUGAAAAAAUUAAGCAACAGCAGCAGAAAAUACUUUUAAAAAAAUCAAUCUUUUUAUCGAAUACUUUGUUUAAAGUCCAUUUAAAGAUACGGCACAUUGCGUGUGUGAACAUACAGUGCCAGCCGAAAAAAUUUUUUCUGUACCAAACAGAAUUUUUUGCUAAAUAUCUUGUAGAGAGACUGCCAUUUCCUACUAUUCACAUAAAAAAAAAAAAAAUAUUCAUAUUUGCAUAAAUGGUGCUGAUUCAAAUAUUUUUGCUCCUGUCUAUUUCUAUAGAUAUUGACUGUUGUGUACAUAUUGUUCCGUUGUGUGUGGCAAUGAUGCAAAAUGAUACAUUUAAAAAAAAAAAACAAAAAAAGUUUUAAUCAGCAUGUAAUUUUUGGUGCCUGUACUGUGUUUUAUUCUAUUGAAGAUAUUUAAAAAAUAAAACAAAAAAAUAUAUUCAUAAGAUAACGAGAUAAACAAACGGAAUAUCUUGAAUGAAUUAGCCUUGUUUUGAAACAUUACUCGCCAACAUUCCUCAUCAUUUUUGUAUUCUGAAAGCCUUAUUGCACUUAUUGCAAGUGUGGUGAAAUAAGAUGAUACGUCGGGAUUUAUAACAGAU